UACGUUUUGGAUACCUUGUCUACAUUGGCAACCCUUGCGAUAUGCGAAACCCCACGUCGUUCUCCCUCCUCGUUGUCGUCCUGAACGGUGUUUCAUCGAUACUUGGCGUCUCAGAUCCGCUCUCAGAUCAACUACAGAAAUGGGACGAACAUUUUCAUGGUAUGGAAUUCGUAGGGAUGUCGAUCUUCGGAACUAGUCACUACACCCUCGACUCUGCUGGCCAACGCGACUGGAAGAAGCUUAUGCCGUCGGGAGGACAUACGGUCCGUUUCGAGAUACCAAACGCAGGCCUGGGUCCCGAUGGGGCGGAUAAUCACACGGAGACGAUCCCUUUCACAGUUUCGCUUUUCCACCAACUCAAGUGCCUCGAGAUUUAUCAUGAAGAAUACGUUGUCGACCCUCCGCUGCCGCCAUCCCCUCGCCUUCGGCAUUGUUUGAAUUAUCUUCGACAGCAGAUUUUGUGCCGAAUGAACUUGAGAUUGGAGUCGACGAAGAACGAAGGCGCACAGUCGGGUCGACAGUACGAGACGGUAUGUAGGGAUUGGAGUUUGGUGUAUGGGGCGGCGGAGGAGAAUUAUAAACAGCAUGAAGGGAUGGAGGAUUCGAAUCUAGGAUUAUAA